CGUCACUCAUCGCGGGCGGGACGUAGAUCGCUUCAUCCGCAUUGCCCUGCAGGUGUCUAUCUCAGAGUCGCCUCGCCUGGCCAUCGAAUCUCACUCUUCGAGACUGAAUUCUCUGAUUUGGCCUGUUGUUCUCGAUGCGUUAAUUCUUCCCCUCCCAAGAACCUGAUUUCUCCCAUCCCUCUCCCGUCGAAAAUCAUAUCCCUCCACCGCCGUCAAGAUGGUGCAAGCGCCUAUGAUAUCCUGUCCGCUGAAGACAACUUCGGAGGUGAGCUGGGUCGAACCGCUGUCUCAGUAUAUACGCACGAGCUAUGGAGACGACCCCAGUAAAUAUGUUGAAGAGAUUGGAACGCUGAACAGGUUGCGGCAAGACAUGAGGGGGGCUGGCGCCGACUCGGCGUCUGGAAGAGACCUGCUUUACAGAUACUAUGGGCAACUAGAGCUGCUGGACCUCCGGUUCCCCAUCGAUGAAGCACACAUCAAGAUCUCUUUUCAGUGGUUUGACGCUUUCACGCGGGCCUCCACAUCACAGUACUCGUUGGCCUUCGAGAAGGCUUCCGUCAUAUUCAACAUAGCCGCUGUCCUGUCCUGUCAUGCAGCCGCUCAGAAUCGCUCCGAGGACAAGGACCUGAAGACGGCCUAUCACUCGUUUCAAGCAUCUGCCGGCAUGUUCACCUACAUCAACGAAAAUUUCCUCCAUGCGCCCUCGACCGAUUUGAAUCGGGAUACCAUUAAAACCCUCAUCAACAUUGUUUUGGGUCAGGCGCAGGAAGUGUUCAUGGAAAAACAAGUCCGCGACGGAAAGAAGCCAGCUCUCCUGGCGAAACUCGCUGCGCAAGCGCAAUUCCUAUACAGCCAGGCGAAGGAGGGUCUCGAAUCCGACCAUUCGCGAGGGGUAUUCGAAUCUUCUUGGUUAAAGCUGAUCCAGGUCAAAGCACUACACUUCUCUUCGCUAGCAGAGUAUUAUCAGGCAUUGGCUGAGGAGGAGACCAAUCAGCAGGGAUCUGCGGUUGCGCGAUUACAACUGGCAGAGAAGUCAAGCAAGCAGGCCUACACAUUCGCAAAGGCCUUUCCCUCAUCACCAUCCUCUGCUUCAAAUCUCGGGUCCGACACCGCGCCAACGUUGCAGUCAAUUACCAGGAGACAGAUGGAGAGCGUACAAGAGAAGCUGGCAUCUUCGGUCAAAGACAACGACUUCAUAUACCAUCAGACAGUUCCACCAGAAGCCUCCUUGUCCCCCGUCACAAAAGUUCCAGCCGCGAAAGCCAUCCCUCUCUCCGAGUUAUAUCAAGGGCAAGACAUCCAAAGGAUCAUCGGGCCAGACAUUUUUCAGAAAAUUGUCCCUAUGUCAGUCACAGAGUCGGCAAGUAUGUACGACGAGGAGAAGGCGAAGUUGAUUCGAUCCGAGGCGGAGAAGGUUGAACAAGCCAAUGGAGAGAUGGCUGCAAGUCUCGAUUACCUCAAGCUCCCCAACAGCCUCAAUGUAUUGAAAGGCGGUCUCGAACAAGAAAUGGGGGUAGACAAGGAGUUUGAGCAAUGGUGUCAAGAACUGGCGAACCAUAAGUCCUUUGCCGCCGCAUUUGAACAACUCCACAGAGACAAGCAGUCCGUUUUGGAAAGUUUGGCCAAGAGCACGAAACAACUUGACAUGGAGGAGAGCGUCUGUGAAAAGAUGCGAUCCAAGUACGGAGCCGACUGGACCCAACAACCGAGUUCCAGGUUGACGUCGACGCUCAGGGCCGAUAUUAAAAGCUACCGCGACACGGUGGAUGAGGCAGGAAACAGUGAUGCGCAGCUGUUUUCGACAGCGCGACAGUACGAAAAUGAUUUUGAAGAGAUGCGCAAUGCAGGCGAACACGGCGAGGCCGACGUUCUCUAUCAACAGGCGUUAUAUAAGGCCGGGUCUGGGACGAAAAACAGAGGCAAGGACGCUGAUGAAGGUACGCUUCUUGACGAGGAUUAUGGGGAGGGAGGCUUGUCUGUGGCGGACCAGAUCGCCAAGGUCGAAGAUCUUCUACGGAAACUCAAUCUGGUGAAACGCGAACGAAUGCAGGUUCUGAAAGAUCUGAAGGAGAAAGUCCACACCGACGACAUAUCAAAUGUGCUUAUCCUGAACAAGAAGGCCAUCGCGAAUCAAGAAAACCAAUUAUUCCAAGCCGAGCUCGAGAAAUUCCGAUCUCACCAGAACCGGCUCAUCUCGACGGUCCACAAACAGUCCUCGUUACUGAAAGAAUUGACCAAAACAUACGGCGACUUGCUGCAAGACAAACGAGUCCGGUCAGACCAGCAGAGGUACGAUGCCGUACAGAAGAGCAAGAACAGUGUCAUGAACAAGUAUCGGAGAAUAUUCAACGCGCACGAGGAUCUGAUACAGGGACUAAUGCGUGCGCAAGGCUUCUACAGUGAAAUGAAGGAAAGCGUCGACAGUCUAGAGAAGAACGUCGAUUCCUUCGUCAGCAAUCGCAGAGCAGAGGGAGCGCAACUGCUUCAUCAGAUCGAGCAGACCAAAAACAGUUCGGCCGAUGGUCAAGCUGCUGCCGAGCAAAAGCGAAUGCAAGAGUUGAUGAAUCGCUUGUCGAUGGAGCCCAAGCCAACAUCGCCUUCGCAAUCAGAACCUCCAGCUCUUCCUCCUCUACCGCCGAUGACCGUGUCCAGGUCUCCCGUCCCGGUUUCACCAACACACCCCACCACAAACGCCGAUCCACGCUUUACGAUCCCUCCCCGUCACUCACCGGCGCCAGUUAUGCCCAACGGGUAUUCUAAUCACUUUCAGCCUCCGUCGCAGCCAAGGAACCCAUCACCGAUUGAGACCCAACAUGUUUUUGCUCAAGGGGCAGCAGCGCCGCUCUCCUCAGGCUACAACCCCAUGGCUUAUCCAGAAAGGUCCGUUACAUCACCAAGCCAGCAGCCUGCUUCCUACGGCUUCUCGCCAAUCACUUCGCCUCCGCCCGGCUCGACGAAUGCAUAUUUUCCACCACCCGGCCAAACUCACCAACCAUUGGCGUUUACUUCCCCAAGCCACCAGUACCCUCAAUACCCCUUCCCUCCUCUUCAACCGGGCGCACCUCCGCCGGGCGGCGCCUAUCAGAGUCCCUCGCCGCAUCCACAGGCGCCGCAGUCCCAACCACCGUACCAGCAACACCAGCCUUAUCAGCCCUCGCCAUCGCCGUACAACAUGCCUCAGAAUUACGUCCCUCCGCCUCCGCCGCCGGGCCCGCCUGGCGGGGGAUCAACAACACAGUACCCUCCUAACCCAUCAGGAGUGUGGGCGAGUGGGCCGGGCGGGUAUGCCAGCUAUACACAUCCCGUGAGAUAUGGGCAACAGGGCCAGCAGCAAAGCCAAGCUCAGCCUCAAGGGCAGGCGCAGCAGGCGCAAGCCGGGAGUGGUGGGAAUCUAGGAGGACAGGAGCAGGAUCCAUGGGCGGGAUUAAAUGCAUGGAAGUAGAUGGCACGGUUUUGGACCAUUGUAGACAAAUCAUUUUGCGCUGAGCGUAAUCGUAACAAGGUUGUUGUAAGUACCAUGAGGAGCAUGUAGUCAUGAACCGAACGAGAUUAUUGGGGUUGUUGGUACACAGGAUCUAGGGCUCUGCGGCAGCUAUUUGCUAGAUAUGUCACUUGCAAAUGGCAUGAACACCGUGGGUCUUCUUCCCACCCGAUGAAAUUGUUUUCAAGCCCGAGUCCUUGCUACCGGAUCUUGGUUCCCUUGCCCGCUGAUGCGGUCGUUCGCGGGAAACGAGAGGCG